UGACUAGAUUGCAAACCGUUAUACAUUGACUUUUAUCAGAAAGCCAUACAGACGGGUCUAAGCACGUUGAUCAGGCAGUUUACCGCUUUUUCGCCUAAGACCUGCCUUUUCGCUAAUAAAACAUCCGCUCUCCACCUAACCAAGUUGCCGCUGACAUUGACUUCAUUUAGUCACUUUUGUCGAACGUUGUCAGGGGCCUUCUGCCCCACUCGCUUUGCCGCGAACUCGGCCUCUUCCAAACUGGCUGACAUGUAGGCUGAGAACUUGCGAACAUGGCUAAGGUAGAAAGCAAUAUUAAAUUUCGCUGCCAGCAUGUACUCACCGGCCACAGCAAGGCUGUCGCCAGCGUUAAGUUCGCGCCAUCGGGCAAGCUGCUGGCGACCGCUUCAGCUGACAGGACCGCGUGCGUCUGGAACCUAGAGACGGGCGCACGGGUUGCAACACUUAGCGGCCACACCGGUGGUAUUUCGGACGUCGCGUGGAACCCCAACGAGCGCUACCUGUGUACGGCCGCCGAUGACAACACCCUCAAACUCUGGGACGCAGAAACCGGCGCUUGCCUCCGCACGCUUACAGGCCACACCAACUUCGCCUUCUGUUGCAACUUCGACUUCGCGGGGCACCUGCUUGCCAGCGGCAGCUUCGACGAGACGCUUCGAUUGUGGGAUGUCCGCACCGGGAAAUGCCUCCGAGAGGUCCCGGCGCACUCCGACCCGGUUACCGCUGUGCACUUCUCCUACGACGGUUCCAUGCUCGUCAGCAGCAGCCUGGACGGCUUGAUUCGGCUCUGGGACACGCAAACCGGGCACUGCUUGAAAACGCUGUUUGAUCGCGACAGCCCGCCUGUCUCUUUCGCCGCCUUCAGCCCCAACGCCAAGUACGUGCUCUGCAACACGCUCGACAACCGCGCCCGCAUUUGGGACUACGAACGCGGUCGUACGGUGAAAACGUACGAAGGCGGUCACGUCAACAAGCAGUACUGCAUGACUUCGGGCUUUUGCAUCACCGAUCUGGGUCAGUGGAUCGUAACUGGAUCCGAGGACUGCAGCAUUUGCGUGUACGACAUGAACAGGCGAGAUGUCGUGGCUAGCAUUCCGGGCGCAGCAGGAGCCUUGGGAGAAGCAGCAGCAGCAGCAGCUGGGGCCGCACCGUCAGCUAUGGAGGUAGCCAGCGGCUCUGGUGGUGAUGCCGGUGCCGGCGGCGGCAGCAACAGCAGCGGCAGCGGCCACAUUGCCCCCGUGCUGACAGUGAAUGUGCACCCCUCGCUGCCGGUCAUUGCGUCCGGGGGGCACAGCCCGGACAACACGGCGAGGGUUUGGGUGGCGGAACGCGGCGCUGAGGGGAUGGAGGUGGCGGCAGGGGCGACCGGGUCCUAGGGGUGGGUGCGGGUGCGGGGGACGUGGUAGAACGGAGCGGAGGGAAGGGGGAGCCAGUGGUGUGGGCGCUUAUUGCAUGGAUACACGAGUAGGCGGAAGUGCAGGUGGUAAGCGGUAGGUGGCAGGCGCGAGAAGCGCUUCCAGAUGUAGGACCUGAGAGUAUGCCUAACAGCAGAAAGUUGGUGACAGAAGGAGUUAGUGUUGUUUGAAGAGACAGACAGGCGUGAGAGCGGCUCCGUCCACAGCUCUAGGGUCAAGCCAUUAGCGGGCUCUGGCUCUGACAGGCUGUGGCGUUUGGCGGGAUAACAACGGGGCUGCCCAACGGCCGCAACGGCUGUUGCUGCGGUGCACGCGAAGUGAGGGGAGCCAUGCGUGGCUUGGUUGCCUGGCUGGCUUGGAUGGCGGCAGUUUGGAGUAGCCCCUGAUGUGUUGGAAGCCCGCCUCUUGGUGUCGUCGCUUGGGUGCCGGCGCGCUAGGCGCAGUGAGGGGUCAACAGGAGCGGAGAGUGUUGGUCCCGAGUUGUUGCGUGCAGCAUCCCAGUGAGCAUGUCCUGGAUAUUACUCGUGGCCUAGCAGGGUCGGUUAGGCAACAACUUGGCACGGCGACGUGUGUCGCAAGAGCGCUGGAUUUAUUGGCAGCGUGUCGUACAAGCAUCUCCUUUCGAUAGGUUGCAGUACACGAUGUCGUACAUCGCCGUACGGUUGCCCUGCUGCCGCACGCGAGGACGUGUUGCAUGGUGGUCCGAUGUGAGUCAUGAUUGCUUUUCUGGAUGGCAGCUGCUCCAAGAUCGGAGAAGGCCCAGGCUCCUGCUACCUGGUAUGCGUGGGUUUCGGAAACCGUGCGUCAUGUUUGCCCGUCCGGGCACCCAACCCUUGGGUAAUGCAGCGUCAGCCAAGGAAGACGUAUCUCAUUUCUCAGACGCUUACAAGAUGAUCCCACAUGUCUUGCUUUGGGCUGGCAUCCGUACAGCCCGGUGCCGCAAGC